AGUCAGCGUUAGCCGUCGGUCGGAUGCUAGCUUGUUGUUAGCAGUCAAGCUAGCCGGUAAUCCGCUCUUAUGUUGUCUAUUUAGAUGUAUUAGAGUCGUUAUGUGAUACCAAUAUGAUUUAUAUGAAGAGGGAUUGUGUCGCGUAUGUGUUAAAGGUUUAACACUCAUUAUAAAUACCACGUAACUAUUUGACUUGACCACUCAAGCUCAUCCUGCUCAACCAACUGUCGACGUGUUUUUCACCUUUAACGGAGUAGUUUCCUGUAGCCAACUAUGGCACCAGGGGAUGUGGUGCCAGACCAUGCAAAGCAGCUGAAGUCCAAAGAGAAGCGGCCUGGAAACAGGGCAUAUAAAGCAGAGUGCGAGCCUGAUGGGUCCUUUGUCUUUGAGGCUCAUGAGGCUUGGAAGGACUUCCAUAACUCCCUCAGGCAUUUCUAUGAGGUGGGGGAGCUCUGUGAUGUCACAUUAAAGGUUGGUAGUAGGCUAAUAUCAUGCCACAAACUGGUGCUUGCUUGUGUUAUCCCCUACUUCAGGGCCAUGUUCCUGUCUGAGAUGUCGGAAACUAAACAGGAACUGAUAGAAAUCAAGGACUUUGAUGGUGAUGCUAUUCAGGACCUUGUUCACUUUGCCUACUCCUCAAAGCUCACAUUAACAGUGGACAAUGUCCAACCACUGCUUUAUGCUGCCUGCAUCCUUCAGGUGGAGUUGGUGGCGCGAGCUUGCUGUGAGUACAUGAAGGCCCACUUCCACCCCACCAACUGCCUCGCAGUCCGAACCUUUGCUGAAAGCCACAAUCGCGUGGACCUGAUGGACAUGGCCGACCGUUACGCCUGUGAACACUUUACUGAGGUGGUGGAGUGUGAGGAUUUCACAUGCGUGUCACCGCAGCACUUGCGGACGCUCUUGUCGUCCAAUGAGCUCAAUAUCCACUCAGAGACACAAGUGUACAAUGCAGCAGUGAAAUGGCUGAAAGCAAACCCACAGCACCACGAGACCUGGCUGGACCAGAUCAUGUCUCAGGUGCGCCUCCCUCUGCUCCCUGUAGAAUUUCUGACUGGAACAGUAGCCAAGGACGAGAUGAUCAAAGGUAACCUGAGCUGUCGCGACCUGAUGGAUGAAGCCAGGAAUUACCACCUUCACCUCAGCAACAAGGUGGUGCCAGACUUUGAGUAUUCAUCCCGCACUGUACCCAGGAAGCACACUGCAGGGGUUUUGUUUUGUGUGGGUGGCCGGGGGGGUUCUGGUGACCCUUUCCGCAGCAUUGAGUGCUACUCCAUCACUAAGAACAGCUGGUUUUUCGGCCCUGAAAUGAACAGCAGGCGACGUCACGUGGGUGUAAUAUCUGUGGGAGGCAAAGUCUAUGCCGUCGGAGGCCAUGACGGUAAUGAACAUUUAGGCAACAUGGAAUUGUUUGACCCCCUCACCAACAAGUGGAUGAUGAAAGCCUCGAUGAACACAAAGAGGAGAGGUAUAGCCCUGGCAGCUCUUGGAGGCCCUAUCUAUGCUAUUGGAGGUCUGGACGACAACUCCUGCUUCAAUGAUGUUGAGCGUUACGACAUCGAACGCGACUGCUGGACUGCCGUGGCUCCGAUGAACACACCCAGAGGAGGAGUGGGGUCUGUAGCAUUAGGGAAUUUUGUGUAUGCAGUGGGAGGAAACGAUGGCGUGGCAUCACUGUCCAGUGUUGAGCGUUUCAACCCUCACCUCAACAAAUGGACAGAGGUCAGCGAGAUGGGCCAGCGGCGAGCCGGAAAUGGAGUCAGCAAACUUAACGGCUGCCUCUAUGUAGUGGGUGGCUUUGAUGACAACUCGCCUCUGAGCUCAGUCGAGCGCUUCGACCCUCGAAUGAACCGUUGGGAGUAUGUGUCUGAGCUGACCACACCUCGUGGUGGGGUCGGGGUCGCCACCGUAAUGGGAAGAGUGUUCGCAGUGGGGGGCCACAAUGGGAACAUUUACCUGAACACCGUGGAAGCUUUUGAGCCUAGAAUGAACAGGUGGGAGCUGGUGGGCUCGGUGUCUCACUGUCGAGCCGGAGCCGGAGUGGCCGUCUGCUCAUCUCACAUCAGCCAGAUCAGGGACGUCGGACAGGGCUCCAGCAACGUGGUGAACUGCAUGUGACUGCCACUCCACUCGCUCAUUGCCAGGUGAUUAACUGCCAGUACGCCAUCAGAUCCCAUCACCGCACAAGCACAAAACGCGAAGCACACAAACGGUGACUUCACCACAGCAAUGCUGGUACUGUGAGCACUGUCUGAACAUAAGCUUGGAAUUCAUGCAGUCUGGUGUUCAGUCUGUUCACAGUGCCUAAGGAAUAUUAUGGGUUUCUACUGACUUGAAGUGCAUGUCUGACAAAUCUGAAGUCUUCUCUGACAAAAUGACUCUAUCAAGACGUUUUUAUUGACUCCUCUCUGUGUUGUUUUGCAAACAGUGAUGUAGAAUUUUGUACUGUAUUUUCAUUCGUACCACUGCUUUCGCAUAGUUUAACUUUUUCAAUGAAAAAUAGCAGCUGAGACUUGAAUUGAGGAAUGACCUUCUCGAGAAUGACACGAGUUUAGAUUCAAAGCUAGUGUACACGUGGAUCUUGGCCAUGCGGAGUGGGCCAUGCCAAUAGUUUUAGAUAUUAUUUGAAAUGUGUCACAGGACUGGACUGCUACCAGGUAAAAUGCAAAUAAGUCACUAAAUGCAUUUAUACUACAUUUUUGUACAGCAUGUGUAAUCACCAACACCCUUAUCUGUAAAUAUUAAUACAUAUUCAAAAUUCUAAGAUUAUAUGACAGGGUGAGUGAAACUAUAUUCUCAGCAGUUCUAACUGCAUUAAGCUAUAUUAGACUCCAGCAGCUGUAGCUGGGGUUUGCCUCAUUGUUUGAACAAUCAUUUUAUGGCUGAUUGGCACAACUGAGUCUCUGUUAGGAGAUGACGUUGCCAAAUGCAACGACAAGCUGUGGAUGCGAAUCUGGUUUAGACGCCUGUUGAAUCUCAUCAUUAUGUUUACCUCAAUCUCAAGAUUUUGACAACUUUAUACAAGAGAGUCAAGGACUGAUCGAAGCAAUAUAGUUUUGUCAUUCCAGUGAAUUUUCCGUUAUUGUAUUGAAUUCACAACUUGUGUUUGAUGACAUCUGGACUGUCAGGAAUCCUAAUCAGAGAGCUUUUAGAUGAUUGUGUUAUAUUUUAAUAUAUGGGCAUUUUUGUAUAAUAAAAUAGGUGUAUCUUUGGUAUUAUUCUUUACUACUCUAUCUAAUCCAUUGAUGUGCACUAUUUUACUAGAAUAGAAGUGAGCCUUGAGUCUAUUUUUGUCCCAAAUGGAGAAUUUAAUGUUUUUGUGUUUUUUGUUACAAGCUUGAUGUUUAUUUAACUCACGUCUCUAUCUGCAGGGUUUGAGAAUAAUUUAACAAUUUCUGGCAACCGAUUUAUUUUUCAGAGAAGCCUGAGAGUGAUGAC